AAAGUUUCCCCUUUUCAUUUUCCCCCAAAUUGUCAUAAUCCAUUUAUCGUGAAACCCUAGCCACCACCAAACAAAACCCUAACCCACCGAUUUCUAUGGCUCGGAAACGGAAAACCCGCGCUGCUGAACUCCCUCAGGACCCCGAGAUCGAGCAGCAGGAGGAGCCCGAGCCCGAGCCUGAGGUCAAGGUCGAGGAGGUUGAGCCCGAGCAAACAGUAGGAGAAGAGGAAGAGGAAGAAGGGGAAGGAGAGGAGGAGGAGGAGGAGGAGGAAGAAGAAGAAGAAGCGGUCGACGAGGAAGAGGAGCAAUCGGACAACAUGGAGGAACACAAGGACGAGGAUAUUCCGGAGACGAGUGCCGAAAUUAAAGCUGAAAUUAAAGAGGAGCCCUCCGAGAACGUCAUUUCAGAGAAUGGCGGUGGUGCUGGUGCUCAAGGGGAGGAUGAGGAUUUUGAGGAAGAGCCUUUGGAGAAGCUUCUCGAGCCCUUCUCUAAGGACCAGCUCACUCUUCUAAUCAAAGAAGCGCUUGAAAAACACCCAGAUCUAUCUGAGAUUGUGCACAGGAUGGCCGACUCCGACCCUGCCCACUGCAAGAUUUUUGUGCACGGCCUUGGUUGGGAUGCCAAUGCGGAGACGAUUACGUCGGUGUUUGGGAAGUAUGGCGAAAUUGAGGACUGUAAGGUGGUUAGAGAUAAGAAUACCGGGAAAUCGAAGGGAUAUGGUUUCAUUCUUUUCAAGAACCGCGAUGGGGCUCGCCGCGCCCUAAAGGAACCUCAGAAGUUGAUUGAAGGCCGGAUGACUUCUUGCCAACUGGCGUCGGCUGGGCCGGUUCAGACUCCCGUGCAGACUGCAGCACCGUCCGUUUCUGUACCACCUACGUCGGAGUACACACAGAGGAAGAUAUACGUUAGCAAUGUGUCUGCCGAACUUGAGCCGAAAAAGCUUUUGGACUACUUCUCCAAAUUUGGGGAGAUCGAGGAUGGGCCUUUGGGUUUGGAUAAACAGACUGGAAAGCCUAGGGGUUUCUGUUUGUUUGUGUAUAAGAGUAUUGAGAGUGCGCAAAAGGCACUGGAUGAGCCGCACAAGCAUUUUGAGGGUCAGAUACUGCACUGCCAGAAAGCAAUUGAUGGCCCAAAACACAGCAAGGGUCACUUCAACCAGCAGCAUGGUCAGCAGCAGCCGCAGCUGCAGCAACAUCAUCACCAGGGGCACCAAGGGUAUUAUCAUCAUCAAGCUAAGAAAGGGAGAUAUGCUGGUAGUGGUGGUGUGGGGCAUACAGGUGGACACUUGAUGGCUCCAAGUGCCGGACCUGCUGUUCCUUCUGUAGGGUUUAAUCCAGCAGUUGCCCCUGCUGCUAUAGGACAGGCUGUGGCAGCACUGCUGGCCACUCAAGGGGCUGGAUUGGGAAUUGGCAAUUUGCUCGGGGGGAUUGGAAAUCCACAGGGUGUACCACCUAUGAUGAACAAUGCAGGUUACGGAGGUCAGGGUGCUGGUGGCUAUGGAGGUCAACCUGGUAUGCAAGGGGGUUAUGGUGGCCAGCCACAGAUGGGUCAGGGUGGUGUAAGGCCACAUCAGGGUGGGGCACCCUAUAUGGGUCAUGGUCACUAGGUAAGCGGAGAUUCUUCAUAAAUGCAUCAAUCUUUUAGUUUUGGACUCUGGGAUUCUUCUGAAGUUCGGGCAAUCAUGCUAAUGAAGUCUUUCCUUGUAGCAAAAAGUUUCCAUUUGCCUAAGGACUAGAAUCUAAAAUGUGUACCUUGUUUCUCUAUCUAUUACUUCUAUAUGUUGAAUAUUUUCUAAAAUGUCCUAUUUCAGUCUAAUAACAACUUUUCGAAAAGGUUGAUAACUAGUGACUUGAUUCACACUUCUGUGUCUCUUGAGAUUUGGGGUGUUGGUUAAGUAUGUAUCUUUACUUUCAACUUCAGUUUGAUUUAUUUGAGAAACUACAUUUAGUAUCUAAUCCUUGUUUGUGUUUCUAACAUUGAUAUCUAAGUAGAUGACUGGAUGGAUUAGCAUCUUCAAUGCCUUGAAUUUUACUAACAUUCAUAAUACUUUGAUCUUUUAACAGCUUUGUUGCAGGAACUUAUAGAGCAUGGCAACUAAUAGCAUAUCAGUGCAACUGCCAAUUCUUUGCUGUUUGUUCAUUGCACAUGAGAUGUUGACUAAUACUUUCAGGGUCCCCCCCCCUAACCCCACAUCAUUUAUUCUGUUAUUUGAAUCAGAUUUUUCAGAAAGAUGCUUUUGAAUGAGUAAUGUGCUUGGGUCUAAAAAGUUACAGUCUUCAUUAAAAACAGUAAAGUAAUUCUUCUGGUGGUUGACUUUCUCAACUGACCCCUCAACUUUCAUAUGGUCCCCCAUCUUUGGUUGAAAAUUGUGGAUUUGAUAAGUUUUCCUUGAGCUGAUUUCUCAAAUUUACUUUCCAUACUUCUUGGCAAGCUUAGGUCUAAAAAAAUCUUACUUUUGGUAUCAUGUUCUCAUUCCCCUCAUGCUUAAAAUCUGUGUUGCGAAUCCAUUGGCCUCAUAAUUAUCGAAGGCUUGAUGAGUGUUUGAAAGUUGGUGCUGGACGAGCUUGCUUCGGAUCUUGUUGUGCAGAGCAGGUAACUGCUGCUUGUCACUAGGAAGGCCUCAUUGUUGAUUCUAAAGCAACUUCACCUUUAUGAUGGAACUAUUUCCAUAGUACCACGAAACAUUCUUCGAUCUGGCAUGUUUAUGUAUCACACUUGGGGUUUUUCCAGGAAUCGUAUUAGUGCUCAGCUUA